AUGUCAAACUCUAAAGACUGUAGUGGAGGAAAGCUCCACGUGGCAAUGUUUCCAUGGUUAGCCUUUGGGCAUAUGUUACCACACUUGGAGCUCUCCAAGCUCAUGGCUCAAAAGGGUCACAAAGUCUCUUUCAUCUCCACUCCUCGCAACAUCGACCGUCUCCUUCCACGGUUGCCGGAGAACCUCUCCUCCGCCAUCAACUUCGUCAGGCUCCCUCUUCCCCGUGGGAAAGACAGCAAACUCCCGGAGGACUGCGAAGCCACGACCGACGUGCCUUUCGAGCUCUUACCGUAUUUGAAUAUAGCUUUCGACGGUUUGAAAGCUCCGGUGACGGAGUUUCUCGAGUCUUCGAAACCCGACUGGAUUCUUCAGGAUGUCGCGGCGUAUUGGCUUCCUCCAAUCUCUCGCCGCCUCGGGAUCAAAACAGGGUUCUUCAGCGCUUUUAGCGGCGCGACUCUCGGGACUCUUCUGAAACCGCCGGGAUUCGAGGAGUACCGUACUUCUCCGGCGGACUUUACGAAGCCGCCUAAGUGGGUCCCAUUCGAAUCUCGGGUAGCUUAUAAGCUAUUCGAGUGCCGGCACAUUGUCAAAGGAUUCAUGGAGGAGACUACAGAAGGGAGUGUUCCCGACGUUCACCGUGCCGCCGGCGUACUCGACGGUUGUGACGUUAUCGCCGUACGAAGCUGUUACGAGUAUGAAGCCGAGUGGUUGGGACUUUUACAAGAUCUUUACCGGAAACCGGUUAUACCGGUGGGAGUCUUACCUCCGAAAUUGGAGGAAAAGUACGAGGAUACCGACACGUGGUUGGCUAUCAAGGCGUGGUUGGACUCGCGGAAAACCAAAUCCGUUGUCCACGUGUCUUUUGGUUCGGAAGCUAAACCGAGUCAGACGGAGCUAAACGAAAUUGCUCUCGGUUUAGAGCUUUCCGGUUUACCUUUCUUCUGGGUUUUAAAGACUCGACGCGGUCCUUGGGAUACCGAACCGCUCGAGCUUCCCGAAGGGUUCGAAGAGCGGACCAAGGAGAGAGGGAUGGUUUGGAGAGGCUGGGUUGAGCUACUGAGAACGUUGAGCCACGAUUCCAUCGGUUUGGUUUUUUCUCAUAGCGGUGUGGGAACACCCAUUGAAGCUAUCCGGUUUGCUAAACCGAUGGUGAUGCUGGCUUUUGUGUAUGACCAAGGAUUGAACGCGAGAGUAAUCGAGGAGAAGAAAAUUGGGUACAUGAUCCCUCGGGACGAGAAGGAAGGUUUCUUUACCAAAGAAAGUGUUGCUAAGUCGUUGAAAUUGGUAAUGGAGGAUGAAGAAGGUAAGGUUUAUAGAGAGAAUGUGAAGGAGAUGAAAGGGGUGUUUGGAGACAUGGAUAGGCAAGACCAGUAUGUUGAUUCUUUCGUGGAUUAUCUCGUUGCUAAUCGUUAA